CCUGGUUGUUCGCUGUUAACGUAAACAAAAUUCAUUAAUCGUUUAUCAGGUUUAUCAUUGUUUUAAAUAAAACUGAAUAUAAUGGAUACGACUUCAAAAGUGGCAAAGCAAAGUAAAAGGAAAACUAGGAGCAAACUGAAAAAUGAGACUCCUAGAAAACCAACAUCUUAUUUGUAUGAUUCCCGAAACGAAAACCUUCCUGUCUUCGGAGUGAUAGUACAAUGGGAUGCCAAAAAGACUUAUUCGACUAAUGCCCUAAAGGCGUUAUUCGCAACCAAACUUUCCACCGGACCAGUUUGUUUACCUGCUGCAGACGAACGAAAAAUGUCGCUUAAACGAAAACAGAUGCCUUAUUUUCGCCGCAGUGGUCCUAAUAAAGGCAUGAUAAUGUUCAAAACAAUGCAAGAAGCAAACGACUUUUCUCAAAAGGAAGAUCCAGAUUAUUAUUGCUUCAUACCACUCAGCUUCGUGGUUGUAGUGGGGGUGGCUGUCAUGCCAGCAUCUAACUUUAAUUUCCUAAAUUUUAAAUCUGCCUCUGACACAUGCGAGAUUCUGCAAUGGCGCAAACAGAAGCUUGCAGAUAAGAAGAUUAGGAUUACAGUUGCUAUUCGUGGUUCUACUCUUCCCCCAAAGCUGAACAUACGAGAUGUGGAGGUACCAUUAGAGCCAUACGAGCGCAAGCCUGUUUAUUGCAAUCGCUGCGGGCGAUAUGGUCAUCGUAAAAGCAAUUGCUUGCAUAAACCACGCUGUGAUAUGUGCACUGGAACUAUGACAGGACUGAUUCAUUUCAAGAGUGAUUGCCUGAACCGGAAACGAAAAACUUCGGCGUGUUUCCACUGUCGGGAGAAUCAUACGGGUAGAGCAGUGGAAUGCUCUGAAUAUCCUCAGCAAUGUAAGUACAAGAGCCAAUUGGCUAAACACAAUAUGGACUACCUCUCCCUUUUGGAGAAGGAAAUUAUUCCCGCUGUUCGAGCCACAUCUAUAAAUUCAAGUCGAAUUUGGUUAGAUUAACUAAAUAUCGUUUUAAAAUUUUGUCCAUAAGGCGUUAAAUAAA